AUGAAUGUCCAACGAGCUCUCUGCACCAUCCCUGCAAAGAGUUUGCCUGUCUGUUUCGAUGCUUUAUACCAGGAGUUUUGGGUCGCAGGCAACCCAAAGAUCAGCGAUCCGGACACAUUCCUCCCCAUUCUGGAAUCUGCCGUGGGCAAAGAGAUGGCUGCAAAUGCGGUGGAACAGUCCACCACCCAGGCAAUCAAAGACCGUCUAACCGCCAAUGGCGAUAAGGCGGUGGAAAUCGGCGCCUUCGGCGUGCCUUGGUUCGAAUGUACCAAUGGCAGCGGCGAGACGGAAUGCUUCUGGGGCGUCGACCAUAUGGGGCAGAUGGCCGCGUUUUUGGGCUUGGAUGUCACUUCUGACAAGGGGUUUAGAGCGAUGAUGUGA